AUUAAACAAGCAACACGUGCUCGUUCCCGGCGGCCGUAUGAGCAUCGCCGUUUAUAAAGUUUUGUCUGCUUUAGAAAGUAACUAAGAUAUCUCGUUUAGGGUGUUCGUAACUAAAACACUUUUAUUACAAGUGUAAUAUCGAUUUUCAACAAACUCCAAAGUCAGAAACCGCAGUUUAUCUUUAACAAUUGCCAUCUCCUCACGUGUGGGAGUUAGGGGAGGAGUCAGCCCAAACCAGAGGGGAGGAGACGGGGGGUCAUUACAGAAAUGUCGGUCAUUCAUAAUGAGGUACAACACUACUGCCUCGGAGCUAACUUGAAGCCUUUUAAAACACCCCGCACUCCUUCAGACGAGCGUUUAUUAUCACGCGCAUGACUUCCAGAAGAUGGAUGUAAACUCCAAACUCCGCGGCGUCUUGACCUGCAUCCUCCAGGCGCUUCUGUUGUCAUCGGCCACCCUCCAGCCCUUCGACCUGCUUUAUAAUAACGCAGUGGAGGCUUUUUAUAAAGGGGACUAUGGCGAUGUAGUGCGGUACAUGGAGAGCGCGCUGAGCAGUUUCUCUGAAGUGCGCGAGACCAGGAUCAGCUGCAGGCUGAGAUGCAGAGACCAGCAUCGCUUUGGUGACUUUCAGAUCGAGGAGGCUUUCUUCCAAGUGAUUCUUCAUAGGGCGAAUUGCAUGAAUGAAUGCAUCGAGAGAAAGCUGGGCGCUCAGUCCAUGCAUAAAGUGAGCGAUGAUGUCAUUCAAGAUUUCAACAGGAGAAUUCCCUACAACUACCUGCAGCUCGCCUACAGAAAGCUUGGACAGCCGGAUAAAGCUGCAUCCGCCGCUCACACGUAUUUCCAGGCCAACCCUGAGCAUGUUGAGAUGGGCGAAGACUUGGAGCAAUACAAAGCCAUACAGGGCGUAAAAGAGGAACAUUUAAUUGACCGGGAAGCUCGUCCGCAUCAGAAAGCCUUCUUUGCUGGAGUAAAGCUCUACGAUGAAGGAAACUACGAUGGGGCGGUGACCAUUUUCGAAGAGGCUUUAAAAGAGUAUUACCGCGCCGAUGUGGAGUGUCAGGCCCUCUGCGAAGGGCCACAUCACUUUCAGGAACAGGAUCAUGUUUUGUACAGAUACAGCCUCAACGAGUUGAUCUCAGAUCAUUACACGCAGGUCCUUCACUGUGAGCACGAGUGUGUCAGAGACCUGUCCACUCGCCCCGGUCGCCUGUCCCCGAUGGAGAACUACCUGCCCCUGCAUUAUGACUACCUCCAGUUUGCCUAUUUCCAAAUGGGGAGGACUGAUGAUGCUUUGGCGUGUGCACUCACAUACCUGUUGUUCCAUGAAGGGGACGAGUUCAUGACUGAGAAUGUGGAAUAUUACAGGGAGAUACUGGAACAUGAUGGCCAACCUCGAAAGGAAGCUGAACAGUACCUGAGGCGACACAAACAGGAAUCAGACCUGCUUCUGAUUGGCGGCGACAACCUCGGUGUGCCCUACAUUGAAGGGAACUACUGGAGCAGCACAGGGGGUCGAGAAGAUGCUAACAGGAUUCCUUCAGGUACAGAUGGCUGGAUGGACUAUGUGCCGAUUUCAGCAAAGAAGAACAGUACGGCAGCUAUAGCACAAGACCUUAGAGAUGGGGGUCCACUGCUGUAUGAGAACGUGAGGCUCGUGCUGAACUCUCAAGCUUUGAAUGGAUCACAGAGGGUGGUUCUUGAUGAUGUCAUCACUGAUGACGAGUGCUCUGAGCUCAGUCAUCUGGCACACAGUGUCACCGCAGCAGGUGACGGCUACAAGGGGAAAAUGUCUCCCCACACACCCAAUGAGAAAUUUGAAGGAGCAACUGUAUUGAAAACGUUAAAGUAUGGAUAUGAGGGACGUGUACCUUUAAAAAGUGCUCGCCUCUUUUAUGACGUCAGCGAGAAGGCCAGGAGUAUCAUCGAGUCAUACUUCAUGCUCAAUUCCACUCUGCAUUUCUCAUACACACAUCUGGUGUGUAGGACGGCCAUAUCUGGGCAACAGGAAUACAGGAACGACCUCAGCCACCCAAUACAUGCUGAUAACUGUCUUUUAGACCCAGAGGCCAAUGAGUGCUGGAAGGAGCCGCCCGCUUAUACCUAUCGAGACUACAGUGCUCUGCUCUACCUGAAUGGAGAUUUUGAUGGCGGAGAAUUCAUUUUUACGGAAAUGGAUGCCAAAACUGUCACUGCCUCGGUUAAGCCGAGGUGCGGGAGGUUGGUCGGGUUCUCAUCAGGCGGAGAGAAUCCGCAUGGCGUGCGUGCCGUCACUAGGGGGCAGCGAUGUGCUGUGGCACUCUGGUUCACUUUAGACCCUCUCUACAGGGAGCUGGAGAGGCUUCAAGCGGACGAGGUGAUUCAGACUCUUGAUAACCAGCACAUGUUGGAUCACGGCCUGCAUAUAAACCCAAAAGACGAGUUAUAGUCGGACAACAAACGGGAGACAAAGCACAGGGUUCAUGUCAAUACCUAUUUAUUGAACGAUCAAAAUGAUUUUAUUUUUUUACUGUUUGAUGUGAUGGUGUGUGUUGUUUUAAUUUUUUUGGGUGAAAAUUAUUAUUUAGACUUCACGGUUUCAGUCACAUUGUGAUUUUGCAUUGCAACUACUAGCUUUCAUCCUUUAAAAGAAACAAGGAGGAAAAUAAAUACAAAUGACAUUAAUAUUAUUAUGAAAGAGUUCAUUGACACUGUAUAACAUCAUAUUUAUACUCUUUAGAAAUCUUUUAUUUUCAAUUUUAUUAAACUAGACGUUAUUCCAGAAACCGAACGAAACAGACUAUGAACAAUGAAAAUUUGCACAGUUUUAUAUUUACUGUACAUACGUAUAAGAUUGAAGUAGCUGUCGGUAUAUUUAUGUAGUUUUAUUAGAUCACUGUGAUUUAUUCAGUCACACCGCAGUGCUUUCACAUUUUUAUUUAUCUCAAACUUCAAAACCAUGGGAUUAGAUGACUGUUUACAGAUUAUGGUGUGGUUUCAUCAUAGCUUUAUGUAUUGGGAACCUUUUUUUAUAAAAGAUUCAAUUUGUUCCUGUUUCAAGGAAUUCGAAUUUAAAUGUGGCAUAAAAUUCCUUUCAAAUCUAUCGACUUCCACGUCUGCAAUGCGUACUGUACUGACCUGUUUGAAAUUAAUCAUGUCUGCUGUUACAGUUUCGAGGAAGAAGGAUGGCCACUGUUUGUCACUGAUAUUUAAUGAUAUGAGUAUUUAUGCUUUUCUCUAAUGCAAAACAAUGUUUGCGUUUUUAAAUUAAAUACUGAAAUAUA